AUGCCUGCCCUGGCGCGCCUCCGGAGGCUGUGUCGGCACGUGUCCCCGCAGGCUGUCCUCUUCCUGCUGUUUGUCUUCUGCCUGUUCAGUGUUUUUGUCUCAGCCUACUACCUGUAUGGCUGGAAGCGGGGUCUAGAGCCCUCGGCGGAUGCCCCUGAGCCAGACUGUGGGGACCCGCCCCCUGUGGCCCCCAGCCGCCUGCUGCCCCUCAAACCCAUACAGGCAGCCACGCCCUCCCGCACGGACCCACUGGUGCUGGUGUUCGUGGAGAGCCUCUACUCCCAGCUGGGCCAGGAGGUCGUGGCCAUCCUGGAGUCUAGCCGCUUCAAGUACCGCACGGAGAUCGCACCGGGCAAGGGGGACAUGCCCACGCUCACCGACAAGGGCCGUGGCCGCUUUGCCCUCAUCAUUUACGAGAACAUCCUUAAGUAUGUCAACCUGGACGCCUGGAACCGGGAGCUGCUGGACAAGUACUGUGUGGCCUACGGUGUGGGCAUCAUCGGCUUUUUCAAGGCCAACGAGAACAGCCUGCUGAGUGCGCAGCUCAAAGGUUUCCCCCUGUUCCUGCACUCUAACCUGGGCCUGAAGGACUGCAGCAUCAACCCCAAGUCCCCGCUGCUCUACGUGACGCGGCCCAGCGAGGUGGAGAAAGGCGUGCUGCCCGGCGAGGACUGGACCGUGUUCCAGUCCAACCACUCCACCUACGAGCCAGUGCUGCUGGCCAAGACGCGCUCCUCCGAGUCCAUCCCGCACCUGGGCGCGGACGCCGGCCUGCACGCUGCGCUGCACGCCACCGUGGUCCAGGACCUGGGCCUCCACGACGGCAUCCAGCGCGUGCUGUUUGGCAACAACCUCAACUUCUGGCUGCACAAGCUCGUCUUCGUCGACGCCGUGGCCUUCCUCACGGGCAAGCGUCUUUCGCUGCCUCUGGACCGCUACAUCUUGGUGGACAUCGAUGACAUCUUUGUGGGCAAGGAGGGCACACGCAUGAAGGUGGAGGACGUGAAGGCCCUGUUUGAUACGCAGAAUGAACUACGCACGCACAUCCCAAACUUCACCUUCAACCUGGGCUACUCAGGGAAAUUCUUCCACACAGGUACCGACGCCGAGGAUGCCGGGGACGACCUGCUGCUGUCGUACGUGAAGGAGUUCUGGUGGUUCCCCCACAUGUGGAGCCACAUGCAGCCGCACCUUUUCCACAACCAGUCGGUGUUGGCGGAGCAGAUGGCUCUGAACAAGAAGUUCGCUGUCGAGCACGGCAUCCCCACAGACAUGGGCUAUGCGGUGGCCCCCCACCACUCGGGUGUGUACCCCGUGCACGUGCAGCUGUAUGAGGCCUGGAAGCAGGUGUGGAGCAUCCGCGUGACCAGCACGGAGGAGUACCCUCACCUGAAGCCGGCCCGCUACCGCCGCGGCUUUAUCCAUAACGGCAUCAUGGUCCUCCCGCGACAGACCUGUGGCCUCUUCACGCACACCAUCUUCUACAAUGAGUAUCCUGGUGGCUCCAGCGAGCUGGACAAGAUCAUCAACGGGGGCGAACUCUUCCUCACCGUGCUCCUCAAUCCUAUCAGCAUCUUCAUGACGCAUCUGUCCAACUAUGGGAACGACCGCCUGGGCCUGUACACCUUCAAGCACCUGGUGCGCUUCCUGCACUCCUGGACCAACCUGCGGCUGCAGACGCUGCCCCCCGUGCAGCUGGCACAGAAGUACUUUCAGAUCUUCUCCGAGGAGAAGGACCCGCUCUGGCAGGACCCCUGUGAGGACAAACGUCACAAAGACAUCUGGUCCAAGGAGAAGACAUGUGACCGCUUCCCAAAGCUCCUCAUCAUUGGCCCCCAGAAAACAGGCACCACGGCCCUCUACCUGUUUCUGGGCAUGCACCCGGACCUCAGCAGCAACUACCCCAGCUCAGAGACCUUUGAGGAGAUCCAGUUUUUUAACGGCCACAACUAUCACAAAGGCAUCGACUGGUACAUGGAGUUCUUCCCCAUCCCCUCCAACACCACCUCUGACUUUUACUUUGAGAAGAGCGCCAACUACUUCGAUUCGGAAGUGGCGCCCCGGCGGGCGGCUGCUCUGCUACCCAAGGCCAAGGUCCUGACCAUCCUCAUCAACCCAGCGGACCGGGCCUAUUCCUGGUACCAGCACCAGCGAGCCCAUGAUGACCCAGUGGCCCUGAAGUACACCUUCCACGAAGUGAUCACGGCUGGGCCUGAUGCGUCCUUGAAGCUGCGGGCCCUCCAGAGCCGCUGCCUGGUCCCCGGCUGGUACGCCACCCACAUUGAGCGCUGGCUCAGCGCCUUUCACGCCAACCAGAUUCUGGUCUUGGAUGGCAAACUGCUGCGAACAGAACCUGCCAAAGUGAUGGACACAGUGCAAAAGUUCCUUGGGGUGACCAACACUAUUGACUACCACAAAACCUUGGCGUUUGAUCCAAAGAAAGGAUUUUGGUGCCAGCUGCUCGAAGGAGGAAAAACCAAGUGUCUGGGCAAAAGCAAGGGCCGGAAAUACCCAGAGAUGGACCUGGAUUCCCGCGCCUUCCUGAAGGACUAUUAUCGGGACCACAACAUCGAGCUCUCCAAGCUGCUGUACAAGAUGGGCCAGACGCUGCCCACCUGGCUGCGGGAGGACCUCCAGAACACCAGGUAGCCGCGGCCACCACAGCCAGACUGAACGUUUGUGACGGCCUGGACGGCCUGCCGCAUGCUGAGCCAGACUGACCCGCAGAGUGGGGAGCUGGGCCUGGGCUGGCCGGGUACUUCCAAGCAAUACUCAGCUGAGGCCCAGGCAGGGCCAGGAGAAGAGCCCAGGCGGGUCCACAAGCGCCUGGGAGCAUCCAGCGCUGGGUCUGUGGCCUCCGGGACCUCCCUCGCCACCAGAGGUCCGUUCCGUGCACGGCCCUCCGUGGGGAGGCCACUCCCUGUUGGUGGAAGGCCACUUCCUGGUGAAAGGGAGUCCGUGAGACUCCCUUUUCUGUCCCUCACUGUGUCCUACCAACCAUGCCCUCCCCUUUAUCCCGUCACUCCCUGUGCCGGCGGGGUCUCCCCUCAGUAUUAGCUGCCAUGGUUGCCCUGUCCUCCAGACAACAGGGAGAGGAGCCCAGCUGGGCCUUUUGCCAAACUAGGGAGAGAGACUGGAUGCCUCCCUGACUGUUUUGAGCCAGGCACUUCAGAGGGGCCAGCUGGGUGCCCAAAGUCACUGGGCUGGAUGUGGGGGGGGCCUUCAAGAGAACUCUGCACCUCUACACCCAUUCCGGUUAAUACCUUCACAUCUCACUUUCCCUUCUGGGGGAAAAAACGCUGAUUCCUACAGUAUCCACCCAGUCCUCAGGGCCUCCUUCGGGACCCCGGGGCACUGCCAUGCCAUUAGGACCCAGAGACCCAGGCCUCCCUACCCUGUUCCUCAUCCUGGGAUAUGACGUGUGGUAUUUCCUGUGGUAAAAGACUGAGGCGGUUUAGGAGUCUGCCAGUAUACAUGUCCCAAUGUACAUAUGUUGUCCCCAUGCCCACCCCCAACCUUGGCACCUGGGCAGACCCGGGGCAGCGUGGGUGAGACUGCUAUCCAUGGCUUUGUCCCAGCUACCUGCGGCCAAGGGCUCCUAGAGACCCCCUUAACCCGCACCCCCAAAUACUAAGAAGCUAAAGUAUUUUAA